AUGUUCGCCCUUUCAGAAGAGUCCAAAGAGCGCAUCGGCAAGAUCAUUGAGAUCUCCCGGGUAGCGAUCCAUUACAGUGGCUAUCUGCCUCUGAUUCUCUAUCUUGGCUACACUCGGAGCGAGCCUCGGCCAUCCAUCAUCCGCGACCAUAACCGAGCGUCUCUUAUGACGGAAAUCAAAGAUGCGGGCCUCUCCCGCGCCUUGGUCGAGACGGUCGCCGGUCUCUCGGCAGGGUCUAUGGCCACCCUGAUCGUGCACCCGCUCGACAUUGUCAAGACGCGCAUGCAAAUCCACCGUAGCUCCUUGGCUCCGACAUCGACCCUGACCACCGUCUCCCUGAUCCGCUCGCUAGUGGCAACCGAGCGCCCGCUCGCCGCCCUCUACCGCGGCCUGACGCCCAACCUGCUGGGCAACGCGACGAGCUGGGCCUCCUUCUUCUUCUUCAAAUCCCGCCUUGAGCGCGGGAUAGCCCAGCUCCGAGGAUCUCGAGAGGAGGAGAACGGCGCCAGCACGCUGCAGUCCCUAUCCGGCCCGCAGCGCCGCCUCUCGCCCGCCGACUUCUUCGUCGCCUCGCUCGCCGCGGGCGCGCUCACCCAGGUCAUUACCAACCCCAUCUGGGUGCUCAAGACGCGCAUGCUGUCGUCGGACCGCUCCGCCGCCGGCGCCUACCCAAGCAUGUGGGUUGGCGCCGCCCGCCUGCUCCGCGAGGAAGGGAUCCGGGGUUUCUAUCGCGGGCUUGGUGUCGGCAUGCUGGCCGUCAGCCACGGUGCCGUGCAGUUUGCCGUCUACGACCCGGCCAGGCGGAUGUACCUCGCGAGAAGGCGGCGGCGGUGGGAUGAGGCGCAUCCUCAGCAACCUGAUCGUCCGGACCAGGUGUCGAACGAGGCGACCUUGGUGUUGUCGACCGUCUCCAAGCUAGUCGCUGGCGCGGCGACCUAUCCGCUCCAGGUGCUGAGGAGCCGGCUGCAGCAUUAUGACGCCGAGGAGCAGUUCGGUAAGGGCGUAACCGGGGUAGUCAGGAAGCUAUGGAGGGAGGAGGGAGUGAGGGGUUUUUAUAGAGGGGUCAUGCCGGGCGUGGUGCGGGUGCUGCCCGCAACAUGGGUGACGUUUUUGGUUUACGAGAACGUAAAGUACUAUAUGCCACGAUUGGCACACCGAGCCGGGGGACACAAUCGUGUGGUUGCAUAG